GGAAGUGCUGGGAACAAGUUCCGGAUGUCACUGGGUCUUCCAGUGGCAGCAACUAUGAAUUGUGCAGACAACAUUGGGGCCAAGAACCUUUACAUUAUCUCUGUGAAGGGGAUCAAGGGUCGCCUCAACCGCCUGCCGUCAGCAUGUGUUGGCGACAUGGUGAUGGCAACUGUCAAGAAAGGGAAGCCUGAUCUCCGAAAGAAGGUCUUGCCCGCUGUUAUUGUGAGGCAGUGCAAGCCGUGGCGCCGAAAGGAUGGUGUUUUUAUGUACUUCGAAGAUAAUGCUGGUGUUAUCGUCAACCCCAAGGGCGAAAUGAAAGGAUCUGCUAUUAAUACUGGGCCAAUUGGAAAGGAAAGGAGUGUGCCAAGGAUUGCCAUUGUUUAA